UGCACGUGGACGACGGCCAUUAAAAUCCGUUUCACCACUCUCCUCCACCUGCCGCCUAUAAAACCGUCACCUCCUCCACUACAAUCAACACCCUUUGAUAUUUCCUUUAGUUCUUUCAUAACCUUUUAAAGCAAAAAUGUCAUCUUCUUGCUGUUCAGGUAACUGCGGUUGUGGUUCCGGUUGCAAAUGUGGGGCCAGCUGUGGUGGCUGCAAGAUGAACGCCGACAUCAGCAACUCCGAGACCAUCACCACUAGAACCACCAUCGCCGGUGUUGCAUCCGCCACCAAGAGUUGUCACGAUGGAUCAGAGAUGGGAGUUGCAACAUCAGAGAAUGGUUGCAAGUGUGGAUCAAACUGCACUUGCAACCCAUGUAAUUGCAAAUGAAUGAUUGGAUAAUCGAAUUUAAAAGCAAUUAGUACUUCGAACAUAGUUCGUAAUAUCUUCGGAUAUCAAAGACGCUUAAUGAGAAUAAAUUAGCAGUAUUAUUAUUAUUUUUCUUUUGUUUUCGUGUAAUAAAAAGGUUUUUUUCUGUAAACAUUGUAUCGAAUCCUAUAAAUAUAAAAUAACUGUUUUUAGUGUUGAUUA